AAUCCUCCAGCCCAGGCCCAAUGCAAAUAAAUAUUCGGCAAAACAAUCGAGUAAGGAAGCUGAAAGAUCUUGAUCAUCGUUCGAAGGCACAGACCAGGCGAGCAACGAAGCAUCUUUCAAAACAAUUUACAAGUUCGGAGAUGGCAACCACAGCCUGUUUUAUCAUAGUGAGCAGGAAUGAUAUCCCUAUAUAUGAAGCUGAAGUUGGAUCUGCUGCAAAAAGAGAAGAUGCUGCUCAGCUGCAUCAAUUUAUAUUACAUGCAGCUCUGGAUAUUGUUCAGGACCUGGCAUGGACCACUAGUGCCAUGUUCUUGAAAGCAAUUGACAAGUUCAAUGAUCUGGUGGUAUCAGUUUAUGUUACAGCUGGUCAUACACGAUUUAUGCUACUUCAUAAUCCUCACAAUGAUGAUGGGAUCAAGACCUUUUUUCAGGAGGUUCAUGAGCUAUACAUAAAGAUUCUUCUUAAUCCCCUCAACUUGCCUGGUUCUCGCAUAACGUCAUCACAUUUUGACACUAAAGUUCGGGCACUUGCAAGAAAAUAUCUCUAGAUGCAGUGAUAUAGGUGGAUAGUCUCUAGUCCGCGGAAAUGAACUUAGAGAGGGCAUGAAAAGUAGCCCCAGUUGAUGAUUUUGUAAAUCUUUUUAGUGAAUUCAAAGGCACCAAAUGAGUAUUAUUAUUGAGGAUAACAAAAAAAGUGUGCAAUUUGCUUCUUUUAUUAUUGUAUAUUAGAUAAAUUCAGUUGGGUGAAAAAAAGAAGCACUAGCUUGAAAAAUUAGAAUUAA